AUGCCUCGAUUAGACGGUAAAGUCGCCAUUGUCACCGGUGCCGGGUCCGGAUUCGGGGAGGCCAUAGCCCAUCGGUUUGCAGCGGAAGGCGCCAAGGUACUGGUGGCAGACAUCGCCGUCGCCAACGGCCAACGAGUGGUAUCCGACAUAAGUGCGGCCAAGUACCCAGGCAAUGGUAACGCGACGUUUGUCGAGCUCAACGUCGCCAACCGAAGGGACUGGGAGAACGCGUUAAAGGUGGCCACGGCAGAGUACGGGCAGCUCGACAUCGUCGUCAACAACGCCGGAACCACGUACAAGAAGCAGCCCAGCGUGGAUGUGAGCGAGGCCGAGUUCGACAAGAUCAUCGCGGUCAACGUAAAGGGCAUCUAUUUUAGCGUGGCGGUCGUCAUGCCGUAUUUCGAGCAGCGCAAGUCGGGCGUCUUCCUCAAUACUUCAUCCGUCGCGGGGAUGAAGGUGAGGCCAGGCCAAGUCUUCUACGGAGGAACCAAGGGCUUCCUCAAUACCAUCACCCAAGGUCUCGCCGCAGAAUACGGGCCCCAGGGUAUCCGCGUCAACUCAAUCUGCCCGCUCCGCGGCGCAACGGGCCUCUUGGAAAUGUUUAGCGGUGUGCCAGAUACGCCGGAAGAGAGGGCGCGGUUUGCGGGGGUCAUCCCCGCAAUAUCCCCGGUUCGCGCCAAGUAG